GGGGCGAUGAGCGCGAGCCGGAGACGCGGGCAGCGGCAGCCCAGCCCCGGGGCAGCCGGAGAGCUGCCCGGGUCGCAGAAGAAGCAGAAGCGGCUGCUGAUCCACCGGGCCCUCACCAGAGACCCUGUAGAUGUGGAGAGCCUUCGGGGGGCAGCGUUUAGCCAGGGGGGGCUUCUUACGGAUGAGGUCCGCAGGAAGGUGUGGCCUAAGCUGCUGGGCGUGAAUGUCUACAGCCUCCCCCCCAAGCCAGGCCGGGACGUGCGUCAGAACCACAGAGAUUAUAAUCAGGUCCUUCUGGAUGUGCGUCGCUCCACUCGCCGCUUCCCCCCAGGCAUGCACGAAGAGCAGCGCGAAAUCCUGCAGGAGCAGUUGAUAGGCGUCAUCCUGCAGGUGCUGAGAGCCCACCCUGAGCUGCACUACUACCAGGGCUACCAUGACAUCGCCGUGACGCUGCUGCUUGUCUCAGGCGAGCGCAUGUCCAUUGCUCUGCUGGAGAGGCUCUCUACCCUCCACCUCAGGGACUUCAUGGACCCCACCAUGGACAGCACCAAGCACAUCCUCAACUACCUCAUGCCCAUACUGCAGCGGGAGAGCCCUCGGCUCCACGACUUCAUGCAAAGAGCCGAGGUGGGGACAAUCUUCGCCCUGAGCUGGCUGAUCACCUGGUAUGGCCACGUCCUCACCAACUUCCACCACAUCCUGCGCCUCUAUGACUUCUUCCUGGCCUCCCAUCCGCUCAUGGCGGUCUACUUUGCCGCUGCGAUUGUCCUCUACCGUGAAGAGGAGGUGCUGGCCUGCGACUGUGACAUGCCGAGCAUACACCAGCUCCUGUCCCGGAUCCCUCAAGACCUGCCCUACGAGACCCUCGUCCUCCGAGCCCAUCAGCUCUUCCAGCGUCUCCCCCACACCGAGCUGGCCAAGCAGGCGGCCCUUCAGCACCACAAGAGCAUCACCAUUGGCUCAUUCUCAGAGUUCCAGCAGGCUGCUUCAUGCCAGCGCCCGGAUGCUGUCCUGCGCCAGCAGCAACUGCACUCGGCCCCCAGCAAGGCGGGGGCAGGUGGGCUCCUUCCCCCAGCAGAACACAGCCCCUUGGUGAAGGCAGCGGUCUGGGGGAUCACAGCCACCCUGGGGGCCGCUGCACUGGCUGUCACUCACACGGCCUUAGAGUGGGCCCCCGACUUCCUCCUGCAGCUCUUCUAGCCCCGAAGCGCCGGAGGAUUAGCCGGGGAUGUUCUCGCUUUGGGUUUCCUGCGCCGGACAGGGGGUUGGGGGGGUUGGAGUAAUGGCCCCCAGGCCCCGUCCAACUCUGGGAUCCUCUGGGGUGAUGGAAAGAGUCCAGAUUUCCUGGAAUGCUUGAAAGGGCAAGAGGUAGCCAAGACACAGGCCAGUGGCCAGUUGUGGCUGCUGGAGAAGGAAAACUGUGUGGCUGACUGCAUGUAUUUGCUUAAGGCUCCUGGCUCUUGUGGAGCACCUGUGAAUCUCCGCCUGCAGAUGGAGCUCCUUGUGUACUAAGGCGCUGCGGCUGCCAACUGCUUCGGACCUCAGCACACCACUGCCUCCCCCGAGCCCUGCGUGUCUGCCUGUGUGCCUGUCUUCAUGGGGACUGCAAGCAAUGGAUGGCUUCUCUCUGAACGCUGCUGGGAAGGGUCCGUGCUAGCCUGUGUGCACUAGUUGCUGGGGAACAUGGGCAGGAGGGUGCUGUUGCACCGUGUCCUGCUUUGUGGGUCCCUGGCCGAUGGCUGGUUGGCCGCUGUGUGAACAGAGUGCUGGACUAGAUGGACCCGUGGUGUGAUCCAGCCUCAGGGCACUUCUGAUGUUCUUAUGUACCUCUUGGGCUGGCUUAGCAGGAGCAAACUGUGUACAUGUCCCAGGUGAGAAUCUCUGGGCUGGAGAAGCACGUGGGCCCUUGGCUGCUGCUGGGAAGGGAGCAAACGGCCUGCAUUUGGGGCGGGUGCAUGCCAUGCGCAUUAAGGCAGGCACCUAGGGGGAUGAGGCCGGGAACACGGGAAAGCGUUCCUGUUGAGCAUGAGGAAGGGCUCGUACCACUGGCAGGGCACCUGCUUUUCAGGCAGAAGACCCCAGGCCCAAUCCAUGGCAGCCUCUCCAGCUGGGCCGGGAUUCCUGGGAAAGAGCCGUGUCUGCGUUCCCAGUCCAUGUGGCCCGUUGGGAGCAAGAGGGUCUGACUUUGGCUCAGUUCAGACAACACGUUUCUCCACGCAGUGGGAAAACUCAGGGGUUGAGUUUGUAGGGGGUACUCCCCACACUACAUGUCCUAACUCCACCAUUGUGUGAUUGUGGGCUCCCGUGGAGUUGAGUAAAAGGCAGCGUGACGUUUGAUUGACAGUUCCUCCGCCCUCUCUCCUCCCCUGGUCCUCCUGAUGGUAUCCCAUCAGCCAUUGCUGUAAAAAAACAAUCCCUGUGGCUCUCCUACAGUAGCACUCCCUCCUUUCACUGCUCGUGCCAGAGAACUCCGUAGCUAAUUGGAAAAGUCCACUCAACCCAACGGGGAACUCCGUGGAACCCUCCACACAACAAACAACAGAACCGUUGUGCAGGAACUCUCCUCUGCACAGUGUGGAUAUUCAGGGUGGAGUGUUUUCUAAAAAAAAACCACCCUCCAACGUGGGGUGUAGUUUUCCCUCUAGGCACCACAUUUCUCAACGGUGGUGUAAAAACUCCACCGUGGAGUUCUAAAACCACCACAGAGAAAUGUGUUGCCUGAACUGAGCCCGUGUAUCAGUCGGCCUCCUCUCCCCGUAGGCGGCCUGUGCCUCGUUCCACACCUUUUGAAUUGCGCAAAAGAGGUGGUCAUUUCCCCUUCUGCCUCUGCUUCCCCUGGGAUAUUGACUCUGAACGCUUCGGCCGCCGGGUUCUCCACGGCCGUUGAAAGCAGCGAGACCUUCAGUAUGCUGUAGCUCAAGCGGGCACCAGCCAGAUAUGUUGGAUUACAGCUCUCAGCAUGGGAGUUGUAGUCCACUACUUCAGGAAGGCUGCUGUGGCAGUCAGGCAAGGCUUGGGAGAGCCAGAGCAGAACCUCUGAAUGACCAAGAAAAGCCAAGAGUUAGAAUCAUCGAAUAGCAGAGUUGGAAGGGGCCUACGAGGCCAUGGAGUCCAACCCCCUGCUCAAGGCAGGA